AUGAAGCCCAAAAAAGGUGAGACCAAUAAUGAAAUGGAUGAACCCAUGCGAAAUCCUUUGCAGCUUGUAAAGGAUUUGGUGUUACUGAUUGUUGAAGCUCGAACACCUGACUUCACUGUGAAAGGGAGAACUGAAGGACCACAUUGUCCUAUCAUCAGAGGUCGCCCAGCCCACAAAUGUAGUGCAGACAAAGUAGAGUGUGGUCGUGCACAUGAGUUUUGCUGCUUGGCUCAGAAGUUAUGGCUGAACAGUAUUCCAAUAUGUCUUGAUAUCCUUCUGUUCCCUGAAUGCAUCCACGGCCGAAAGGAAGCUUCAGUUAUAGAAGGAGCUGUCACACAGUUGACCCAGGAGAAUGUCCUGCUCAUUGAGAGGUGGACUAUUGACUGGACCAAGAGAAG